CAGUGGGCGGGAGCUGGGCCCGGAGCCGGGGCAGAAAGUUCGAGCAACAACCGAACGGCAGGUGGCACGGGCCAGCAUUUCACCGCCUCCUGAGCUUCUUUACACCUUUGUCACACGUGCUAUUUCUGGUUUGCUGUGCUUUGCGACAAGAAUCCAGAGUACAAGGGGUUGUGAAUCUCAAUGAGCAAGCAGUCUGUCAUCUGUACUCAACCCAGAAAGAAUUUGGAGUCGAAUGGAGUGAGUGCGGAGGCGCAGCAUCUCAGCAGUGGGGGGCAGGUCCCCUCGCAGCUCGUGCCGGUCACCUCCUCGAGCAGAGGCAAAGCCAUGGCUCCCAGCAAACAACCCAAGAAACAGGAGGGGUCCAGCAAGGAGAGUGUCGAGUACCGACAGCGCCGUGAACGUAACAACCUGGCGGUCAGGAAGAGCCGCUUAAAGAGCAAGCAGAAAGCCCAGGACACACAGCAGAGAGUCACCGAGCUGAAGGAAGAGAAUGAACGAUUGGAAGCAAAAAUCAAACUGCUGAGUAAAGAGCUGAGCGUCCUGAAGGACUUAUUUCUGGAACAUGCACACGGAUUCACUGAAAGCCGCAACGCUGGGCACGAACCCAGUAACAUGGGGCAGUAACAUAGCAAGGACAAGGUGUGGGGGAUGGGGUAAAAGGUGACGAAUGCACCAGCAUCUAAUGUUGAGGAGAAAAACUUUUGCAGAAAGGGUUUUUGCUUUUAAAUUGUCUAUUCCUUAAUUUAAUUUAAUAUUUUUAUGUGUAGUUGUGAAAGAAUUGAAAUAUUUUGAGUGCUAAGGUGGGAGUGGAUCUCGGAAUGAAAUGCUUUGUGCUGGCCAUCAGUGACAGACGAUGGUUAAAGACAUGUCACCUACAUAAUGCAUUGUGUAGGGUACAUGACGUGGCAGCACUGAACACUUUCAGCAAAAUGUAAUGCAUUGUGCAUGAUGUGACAGCACCAAACACAGUUUUACAUUUGAUAUAGACCCUUAUCACAGCACUGAGACCUCUCAAAGUG